ACACCAUGAAGCACUCCUUGUCCAUGCCGUGUCACCCCACAAGCGUCGUUGGUGGCCGAGUGUUGCUUGCGGGCAGCUCAGGUCACUCGGCAAACCACAUGUUGACCGAGGAUCACCCUUUCGGCGGAGGCGUCACCCCUGUGGCGCCUGGGACCCCCACAUCUGUACGGAGGUAUCCGUAGUUACAUCCAAAGCUCUCAUCACCAACCACCAUAUCUGGUGGGCUACGUAAAAAGACACAACUCACCAAGGACCGUGUCAAGUCCUGCC